AUGACAAUGAAAUUCGACGAGCUUAUGGAAGCUCUUCCCGACACAGAGAUAUUUCUUCCUGGAUAUAUCGGCUAUGAAGAUCGACUAAAACGGUGGAGUGCUUCAUGCAUCAAGCCGGCUGCGGUGAUUGUGUGCCCGCGAAAUGCCUUCGAAGUGAGGAUUGCCCUUCGCUAUGCUACCCAGCACAAAGUCUUUCCUCUUGUGGUUUGCGGGGGUGGACACAGCACCGGCGGAGACAACUGCUCUGACGGGGGCAUGGUGAUAGAUCUUCGUCGAAUAUGCUCAACAUUAGUCAACACGGAGAGCCAGACAAUCACUUUCGGUGGUGGAUGUACCUGGGAAGACGUGAAUGGCGCGCUAUGGCAUCACGAACUUGCAACUGUGAGUGGUACAGUCGGCGACACAGGCGUUGGAGGGUUGAUACUCGGCGGUGGGUAUGGGUAUUUGAGUGGUAGUUGUGGACUGGCACUCGAUUGUCUUCUUAGCUGCGAAGUGGUUCUGGCGAAUGGAGACAUUGUCACUGCGAGUAGAGAGGAGAGUCCUGAUUUGUUCUGGGCCUUACGUGGCGCUGGACCGAAUUUCGGAAUCGUCACCCAUUUCACCUCGCAGGCUUUUGUGCAAGGAGAAUCUUGGGCAGGCUUCUUGGGUUAUGCCCCAGACAAAUUACCGGCUGUGAUCGAAUUUGGGAACCGUUUGAUGGAGACCAACGACGGUAACUCUAUGAUUAGUGUGAUCAUCGGCAAUUUCAUUCCUCCCGAAAACUCGAGUGGCUUGAUGGUUGUUGUGUUUCACAACGGAACAGAAGUAGAAGGGAGGAAGACUUUCAAACCGCUUUUGGAUCUCAACCCUCUGGGUGAUACGACAAGUGUGGUGUCUUAUCCAGAUCUAAACAUGAUGUUCAAUAAGUAUCCCAGAGGGCCGGAUGACAGACAUCUUUUUGGUGGCGGGAGUUUUACAUUCCCCCUUGAUGUUGCAGCUGCUCAAGAGAUUUGUGACCAAUUCUGGAUGACCACAAAUGUACCUGAGAACAAUGAUAUUCGCGGUAGUACCAUUGCGUUUGAGUAUAAUCCAACCAACAAGAUCUGCGAAGUUUCCCUUGGGGAGACUGCCUUCGGAAACCGUGGUCAAUUCGCAUCAAUUUGCAUAUCAAUGAACUGGACAAAGGAAGCGAAUGACGCCAAAGCGCGGUCAAUCUCCAAAAAAAUUGCUCAACUGUGUGCCAAUACUGUUGGUUGGAAAGGAGACAAGUACAGCGAUGGAACAAGCACCUAUGCAAAUUAUUUCAGCAGCAUUACCAAGGCAGAGAAAGUAUAUGGACCUAACGCAGCAAGAUUGAGAAAGCUGAAGAGCAAAUACGACCCAAAGAAUGUGUUCAAGAAGAUACAACAUUUAUGA